UCGAGUUAAGAAGCGCAGCGGGACAGUAGUGUUUCUGUGAAGAUUAGAUUUUAAAAAUGUUUCAUUUAUGCAUGGAGGAGGCAAAGAGAGAUGGCGAUGAGGACAUGACGGUAGUCAUCUAUACAACCACAGAUGAUUUUGAUGUCUAUGACCCAGAGGCCAAAGACAACAUCACAAAGACUCACCAACAAAUUCAACACACAGUUACCGGAAACAACUCUGCCUGGAAAAGAUAUUGCAUAGUGACUGCAGUUUGUUUGGUGCUGCCAUGUGUUCUCCUGCUGACUUCUACCACAGUGCUGUGGAUCAAAUUUAAGAUCCUGGACUUCAAUAACGAUUAUUACAGAUACAACCUGUUCAUAGAGACAGAUAAUUUAAAGAUUGAAGAAAAUGAAUUCCGGAGGCUUUCUAAACUGGGAUGGAUAUAUUUCAACUCCAAUAUUUACUACAUCUCUGAUGAAGAAAAGACCUGGAAUGAAAGCAGACAAGACUGCAGACAGAGAGAAGCAGACCUGGUGAUCAUAAACAGCACAGAGGAACAGAAGUUUAUUGCGAAACAGCUGGACUGGAGGCGGGCUUGGAUUGGUCUGACUGACAGAGACACAGAGGGGGUGUGGAAAUGGGUGGAUAAUACACCACUGACCACUGCGUACUGGGAUGAGGGGCAACCGAAUAAUGAACAUAAUCAAGAGGACUGUGCAGAGAUUAUGGGUUUUCCAGAAACAAAGCCAUGGAACGACAGGAAUUGCUCAGAUUCUAAAUUAUGGGUCUGUGAGAAAUGUUUUUGUUGUGAAUAAGUAUUAUUAACAGUGAACAGUACAGUAAAAUGGUACAAUAUUCACAAAUUAAGCUGAAUUCAUGGAGUAGUUAAUUUUGGAUUUUAUUCUACGUAAUGUUUAAAAGAUCUUAUGUAAUGCUUUAAACUCACAAAAUGCAACAAUUAUACUAUCUUUUCCUGUUAUGUACAAAUGAUUUUUAAUCAUGUAUGCUUGCAUUCAACUGCUGUAUACAGUAUUAGUUUCACAUUCAUAAACGUGUCCAACUGAUUGAUUUUUACUGAAUACAGUAAUCGUAUGUAUCUUCCAUAACAAUUUGUAUUCUGCUUUGCUAUGUAUUGAUGGUAGUUUGUAGUGAUGUGGGGUGUUAUGCUAUGUUCACACAUACAGUGACCAGUGCCUACAAAGCCACUGGAGAUUUUUUUUUCUUUUUUUUUUCAAUAAGAGCUGACUUCCAAUGAAAUGAGUGCAAUGCAAAAAUCUGAGUUUUUCUUUAUGCAAAUAUAGAGCGACUUGGUACAGUGUCUGCCAAGUGAAGUGAAGACUUUAAAUGUACAUGGGAGCAUAGAGUUUCAGACACUCUGAAUCUGAAAUUUGUCUCAAUUUGUACAAUUUGUAAUUGAGGGUUAAUCGCCUUGCUUAAGGGCCAAGUGGUGGCAGUGUAGUAGACCUGGGAUUCAGACUCACAACCUUCUGAUCAUUAGUACAGCACCAUAAUCACUAAGCUACCACAUCCCCACAGUGUUUUCCCUUUUAGCAGAUCAGGAAUAAUUUGCUGUUUUAGUAAGUCUUUUAUAAAUUAGACAUAUUUCACCAUGUUUGUCAGUAGAGAUGAUGGUGGAUAGUUAUAUUAAUAGCAUUAUGUGAUUCAGUCUGAAGUUGAUUAUUUUUAAUAACCACAAUUUUUUUUAUUCCUCUAACAUUACAGCAGUUUCCCAACUGUAGGUUUGCUGCAGUACUGUAGUUUGCUAGAUAUAAACUAUUUUAAAAGGCUUUAUCUCUAACAAUUAUUAGCUAAUAAUUAUCUCUCUUAUAAGAGGCAGGUUGCUCUGGCAGAUUGUGUUAGAUGUACACUGAUGUGAAAAUGUACAUGAAGCAGAUCUUGAUAUAAAUAUGCCAGUUAUACAUUUCUGAGAUGAGUUUGAUCAUUUU